GACGACUCUCUGGGACCUGUGACUUCGGAACGUCGGUGGGAGGUGGUGCGGCGUGGGGUGGGGCGGGCCUGAGGGAACGCUCCGGGGCUCGGUGGCCCUUCCGUCCCCCUGGCCGUCCCUGCCCAUCUCUCCCCUGGGCCAGUGUCCGGGAUGCAGACAGCAGCUCGGGACCUGAGUGGGCCAGAGGUGAGCCCCGGAGUGAUGCCUGAGGUUCUCUCUGAGAGUCCACCUGCCCCCACCAAGUCCACAGCGUUUGAUCUUUUCAACCUGGUUCUGUCCUACAAGAGGCUGGAGAUCUACCUGGAACCCCUGAAGGACGCAGGUGAUGGUGUUCGGUACUUGCUAAGGUGGCAGAUGCCUUUGUGUUCCUUGAUGACCUGCCUGGGCCUCAACAUCUUGUUCCUCACUUUGAACGAGGGUGCCUGGUACUCCAUGGGUGCCUUGAUGAUUUCGGUGCCUGCCCUGCUGGGCUACCUUCAGGAGGUUUGCCGGCCACAGCUGCCAGAUUCGGAGCUGAUGCGGAGGAAAUACCACAGCGUAAGGCAGGAGGACCUACAGAGAGUUCGCCUUUCCCGACCGGAGGCUGUGGCUGAGGUGAAGAGCUUCUUGAUUCAGCUGGAAGCCUUCCUGACCCGCCUGUGCUGUACCUGUGAGUCAGCCUACCGUGUGCUACACUGGGAGAACCCCAUGGUGUCCUCACAGUUCUAUGGCGCUCUCCUGGGCAUGGUUUGCAUGCUCUACCUGCUGCCUCUCUGCUGGGUCCUUGCCCUUUUAAACAGCACGCUCUUUCUGGGAAACGUGGAAUUCUUCCGAGUGGUGUCUGAGUACAGGGCUUGUCUGCAGCGGCGGAUGAACCCCCGGCAGGAAGAGUAUGCCUGUGAGAGUUCAGCACUGCAGGAUGCCGAGGGAAGGAGUUCUCUGCUGGACAGCACACCUGACCCUACACCCACAGAGGACCUCACGCCAGGCAGUGUGGAAGAGGCUGAGGAGGCUGAGCCAGAUGAAGAGUUCAAAGAUGCAAUUGAGGAGACCCACCUGGUGGUGCUGGAGGAUGAUGAGGGCACCCCGUGCCCAGCAGAGGAUGAGCUGGCCCUGCAGGACAAUGGGUUCCUCAGUAGGAACGAGGUGUUGCGCAGCAAGGUGUCACGGCUUACAGAACGGCUCCGCAAGCGCUAUCCCACCAACAACUUUGGGAACUGUGCGGGCUGUGCUGCCACUUUCUCGGUGCUGAAGAAGAGGCGGAGCUGCAGCAACUGUGGGAACAGUUUCUGCUCUCGGUGCUGCUCCUUCAAGGUGCCCAAGUCCUCCAUGGGGGCCACAGCUCCUGAAGCCCAGAGAGAGACUGUGUUUGUGUGUGCCUCCUGUAAUCAGACCUUGAGCAAGUGAGAAGAGGAGAGAGAGAGGCCAGGCUCCCUCUGUCCCGGGGCCAGCAGUAGACCCUCCUCUCCCAACCCUGGUCCUCUGAGGCGUGUGCUGGGCAAAUGUAGCCUGACAGCUAGGUCCUUCCUGCCCUUCCCCUGCUGCCUCCAGCUGGGCUGGUGAUCCUCUAAGGCCCACGGGGAGAGGAGUCCCUGGAGCUGUUUGCCCUGAACCACCCUGUGCCCUGUUGAUUCUGGACUGGCCAGAGAAUGUCCACCAGAGGGCGGAAUUGAGCAUAGCCUGCUCUCGGCUGAGCUCUGAUGGUCAAGGCCAGACUGACCUUAGGCUCUAAGAGACCUGAGGUGGGGAAAGAGGUUCUUCCCUGUUGAGUGCCGGCCGGCUAAGCCCCAGAGAGCCUGCAGGAUGACUUAGACACCAUGACCUGACUCUGCCCUUUGAGUAGCCUCAGGGGCUGUUGUUUUCAGACAUGAUUGGAGUUCCCAGGUGCCCAGAGGAGAGUGCGCAUGAGGGUACUGAUCCAGUCUCUCAGUGUCAAGUGGAUGGCAGCAUGGGGAAGCUCUGCCUACAGGAUCUUAUCUCCCAUGACUCUCUGGUGUCCUCAGCCCUGCUGGGAUGGCUGCGAGACCCUCACAUCACUCCUGCUCCUGCCCUGGGUCUAGGGCACCCCACCUCUCUUCUCUCACACUGCCACCUCUCCCUAACCCUUACUCCGUAGAACAUGAGGCCAGGGGAGUGGAGCAGAGAUUCUGAAAGCCCUUGGCCUUUGAGGUCCGGGAAAGUGUAGGACUUGAUGGGCUGGCUCUUAGAGUCCAGGGCUGUUCCUGGAGAACAGUGUCCAUUGUGGAAUAAGGUCACAUGAUUAGUUUUAUGUUCCCUCUGAUCUGCCAAGGGGGCCCUGUGCCUCUUCUUAAGCCAUGAGCUGGCUCAGGCCCCCCUUCCCUGGAGCUGCCCUGUCUUUUCAAAGUAUUUAUUUAUUUAUUUCAUGGUUCCUGGGAGCAUGCAGCGCAGGGCUGGGGUGAAGAAGAUGAGGGGCUUCUGCAGGACCUUGCAUCUGGGGUGCGAUGAGCGACUCCCGUCUGAAGUCCUCUUUGCUGAUUGGCCAUGUACAGAGCAGUGAGGGUUUGGCAGUGCGGACCAAGCAGGUGAGGUGUACCCUUUGUUCUGGUGAGAGAGCAUUACCUCUGUGCUUAUUUAUUCUGGAGAGCAGUGUAAAGGAACUGUAUGGAGAAUUGUCAAUAAAAGGCCCCAAGCUUA